AUGGUACAAAAUACAGACACUACGAAAUUUCGAUCGAUUUGGUGUUGUGUUAAAGUUGGAGGAUGGCAGAAAGAUUCUGACUUGCAAACUCGUUUCAACCGUUCUCACCCCGGAUUUGAAGUAAUGAACAAAGUUACUGAGAUGGGCUAUCAUCUCAUAGCCUCAUCUAUCGGCGAAUCUGGGGCACCUAGACUGUCAUAUCCCAUGAAUCCUUAUGCGCUUCGUACAUGCGCAGUAGGUUGUUCUUGCCAUGUGCUUACGGACUUGAAGUAAAAUAUUGUUGAGUUCUCUGCGUUCGUUGUACAAUUUCCUUCUAUAUUACAAACUACAAAUUCCUGGUACAUUACAUAGACCCUGUUGGCGACUCUCGUUCUCCAAAGCGGAAGGUGUUUUGCUGAAACAUAUAUGCAGAAACUCAACACUUAUGCACAAGGCCACUGUGAAGAUUCUCAAAGUACUAAGGAAAAAUAACGAAUCGACGCUUGUGCUUGAAGAGGAAGAUGACGAUGCGUUAGACUCGAGGAUUCUAUCAGGAGCUUCCGGAAUAUCUUAUCUGAUAAGUUGGGGAUUUCAUUCUUACGUUAUCAAGACAAUGUUUCUUCAUGAGUGGUUCGAGCGGCCGGAAGAUUCGUACUGGACCCAGGACCGACUUGCGGAACGAAUCCGCAGUAUCCUAAAGAGGAUCCAUAACAGUAUUCGUGGAAAGGACAUUAGGAGCUUUUGGUUACCGGAAUACAAGCUGUUCAACUUUCGUGCGAGAAGAAGAACAAGGACAAACAAGGCGGAAAACACAGUCUCAACCUUGAUAAAACAGUUCGAGGAAGUUACCGUUUAA